ACUCUGUCACUGAACCUUCAGCUGUAUCUUUGUAUACAUAUCAAUAACACAGUAAGCGGCAGAAAAAUCAAAGUUUUAUUUUUCCAACGUACAAACAUACAGAAACUAUACUGAAUAUCCGAAAAAAUGGAUGACGAAGAGACUGGAGAAAUCGAUGAGAACAGCUCAUCCAGCACAAACACAAAUACAAAUGCAACUGCUACGGCAACGGAAACUGCUGGUGAAAUGCAUGUUGAGUUAGGACAAGGCGAGGAAAUUCCAGAGAGCAGUCGAAACGGAGCUGGAACUGGGGCUGGGGAUGGAAUUGGAGCUGAAGCUGGAGCUGGUGCAAUACCUGCCGAGGGAGCGGCGCAUGUGAGUAGUCGUGAAAGGCUUGAGAAUAUGAUUGAGGAAGUAGAUAAUAUGUUCGAGGAGGUGAGUGAGCUGAUGGUCGAUGUCACACAGCUAAUGCGACGCGCCAACCAACUACGAGAAGACACUGGCACGGGUGCAGUUCCGCAAAAUCCAACUUUGGCCACAAAUCCAACUCCUCCCGCUGAGAUUGAGGAGGAGGCAGAGGGCCCAGAGCAGCAAGCAGAAUACGGACUGGUGAACUACGACAGUCCAAGGCGGGCUAGCAUCAGCUCUAGGCACAGCGGGAGUGAUAUGUCCCUGGACAGUCCAGUCAGCGAAGACGACUCGGAUGCGGAGGCUGUGCCCCGUUGGAUGAUACCCGCGAAUCGUGUCCGUUCUGCUGUGGAUUUUUUGGUGUUACAGCGUCGUAAUCGUGAUGGAGGUAUUACAACACUGUUACGACAUGAAAACUUUUUGCAGCGCGUGCGUAGCAUGGUUUUUAGCCAGGAUCGCAUUCGUGGCAGGGCGAGCGAUGAUGCUAACAACGCUGAUGUGAUCAAUAAUGUUCCAGAUGAUAUAUCCGAAGUAUCGCCGCCGCCACCCUUGGACGUUGACAUGGAAGAGGGAGUGCGUUUUGACACAAAUCUGCCGGCAGAACAUUCAUAUUUCGGUACGAAUCUGAAUCGUGUUCCCGGCGUGGACUACUUGGAAGUGGGCAGCACACAUCGUAUGCUGAUAUUCAUGCAUGAGCAUGUACUCUUCCCUGGCGAGGUGCUGCCCUUCAUGAUCGACGGCAGCAUUAUUGACGAAGAAAUCGAGGAUUCGGGACGUGAUGGUGUGAUCUUCGGCGUUGGCUUUCCACUGAUGCAGCCGCGUGACGACAACCCACAAAAGCUCUACGGCGUCACCUGUCAGAUCUAUGAGAAAGGCGAGAGUGGACGCCAGCAUGUGUUUUACAAGUCACGCGCCUUGCAGCGCAUUGUUAUCAACUGCGAUGAUAUACAAGGGCGGCCCCAGUACAUUGCAAGGAAUCCGACGAUGAAGUGCUACAGCAAGGUUAAAAUAUUGCCAGAGUACUUUCUGCCAGAGCCGCUCAAAUGCAUUGAUAUGGGCUCAUUGAAUCGUUUUCGUGAUAUACCAUCCAUGCAGGAUAAAUUUCGUCGUUUUCAACUAACCACAACGCCCUGGCCUAUAGAGGCCUGUGGGCUAUACUCAUUUGAGCAUAUUGUGGAGAAGGCACGUCAAAAGCUGGAAAUACAUAAAAUAGAUACCAUGCCAAAGUGUCCCAUACAAUUGUCGUUUUGGCUUUUGCGCAAUUUGCAUCUCACGCAGACAAUGCACCGCAUGGCGUUCCUCACAAAUUCUGUAAAUAUAAGACUGCAGAUUAUUGGCUCCACCUUGAUGGAAGAGUCGCUCUUCUAUUGCCGUUACUGCGACAGUAGUCUAGCCUAUUGCUCUGAUUUGUUUGCCAUGUCUAAGCAUGGUGUACAAACACAAUAUUGCAAUUCAGCUGGCUACAUACAUGAGACAAACACAGUGUAUAGGGUCAUUGCCCACGCAAUUGGUUACAGUGGGGAGCCAUCCACCGAGUUCAGUUGGUUCCCCGGCUACCAGUGGCAUAUUAUUAUAUGCAAGUUUUGUGCACAGCAUGUAGGCUGGGAGUUUAAGGCAGUCGAACCCAAUUUGGCCCCCAAAGUGUUCUUUGGUCUGGCUGGAUCCAGCGUUCGCAUUGGUAAAUUCAGAGAACGGAAAUGAGGCUGGCGACUGGUGAAACGUAUUUGCAGGAUCUGUGGUUGCUGUUGUCGUCGACGUCGUCAAUCUGACAGACUCGCUUAAUUUCUAAAGCUAAAAUGUAGAACAUUCAAAUUCGUUUCACUAUCUUGUCUAAAUACUUAUAAAUUAGGAAUGCAACAGUCGUCGGCUUCAGUAGUGGACAGGAUUGUACGCGUGCGAACAUUAAGAUUGAUUUACCAACUUAUAUUAAUACCAAUUCAUAUUUAA